UGGUUAUUAUAGUAAUAUAUGUAUAAUUUAAUCACAAAUAUAAAUCUUUAUGUAUCUUAAAUUGGUAAAAAUAACAAUAAUUAUUUUAAUUUUUGUAAAUAUAACUUUAUUGGUAUUAAUAAUCAUUGAACAAUACAGCUGCUAUGGCUAUUAGUUAAUAUAUAUUAAGACAAAAAGCUUACAUAAAAUAUUUAUAUUUUUUUUUCUUGAAACUUGAUAAUAUUUAUGUUUGAUUAAAAGUGAACCCAAUGGCUACCAGAUUUGUUGUGAAAUGUGUUGUUUGUUUUUUGUCUGUGAAUUGUUGACUGUUGGUAUAGUAACCAAUAUUGUGAAUAAUUAGUAUACUACAUAGUGUGUUCAAUAAGGCAAAUUAUUCAUGAACAUUUUAUCUGAUCAAUAGUAUUAUUAACAAUAUAAAUUAUUUUUUCUAAUAAUAAUUAACUUAAAUUUACAGUACCUAUCUAGAUAAUACUAUUAAUAUAUUAUGACAAAAUUAAUAUUUCCUUUUACCUAAACAAUAGAUAUUUAGUUUUGUUUUAUUAUAAGUCUGGAUAAAUAAGUUUUUGUGUUUGCAAAUAUUUAGAAAAAGUAUAAUGUCUAUAGUUACCUUUGAGAAACCUGUGCCUAAAGUAGCAAAGUCUGAUUGGUAUUACAAAAUAACUGAAUUAAAAGAAUCUUGUGAUGAAUAUAGGCGUUAUACAUUUGUAUUGGGAAAUGAAUCACAAAAAUUAAGGAAUAAUACAGAUGUCACUACUUAUUGGAGUACACAUCAUACCAAUUCUAAGAUUUUUGACAGGCGCAUUGAAAUAACACGCUGGAAAUAUUUAAUUGAGUUAUGUUAUAAAAACUUGCAAAAAGAAAUUAAAGACUUAAAAAUUGAAAAAGAGAAAACUGAAAAAUUUAUAGAAUUUCUAAAUUUGAACUUUACUGUUACAAAUCAUUGCUUAAGUAUAAGAGAUGAAAGGGGUGCUACAGAUUUGUGCCAUGAUAUUGCAUCUAUUGAAUUAAAAAAUGAACAAACUACUUUGGAAAAGCUGAAAAAUUUGUUAUCUGGAGUAUGCCAAAAUGCAUGGGAAAUGAUAAAUAAGUUAGAAGAGUUAGAAAUUAAUGUUGCUAAAGACUUACAAAAAAAGAAUAAUACAAUAAAUAUUGAUAGUAAGUUAUUAGAAAUGACAAAAAAUUCAAAUAAUAUCACGCUCAAACCAGAUCCACUAAGAGUUCCAAAAGAUUUCAAUACAUAUGAAAAAUGGCUUCAACAGUGCAAUGAUAUAAAACAAAGAAUUGAAAAUGAAAUACUUAGUUCAAAAAAAUUACGCGAAACUAUGUUUGUGCCACAAAUUAAAACUAUAAAUGAUCUGCUAGCUCAAAAUGAUAAAGUUAAUUAUAGUCUCAGAAGACGUAUUUACGAUACAGAAAGGAUUAAGAACGAAUUAGAAUGGCAAAAAUGGAAUAUGUUAACAGAUAAGGAUAAAUUUUUGAAAGAAAUUGAAAAAUUAGAAAAUGCUUUGUUUGAAAAAUUGAAUCCUAAAAUGUUAGUUGAGACACGCUGCGAAGAAAGAUUGUAUAGAGAUGGUAUUGAACUGUGUCUUGAUAAAACUACUGUUGGUUUACAUAAAGAACAUUUUCAACUCAAUAAUACCACCAAAAUGUUGAAUGAUAAGCUAAAUCAAACAAAGGCUUUGCAUAAUACUCUUAUUGAACAAAUAAAUGUACUUGACGAGCAAUUAAAAAAUAAGACUCAUGCAUUAAAUGUGGACCAGAAAUGUUUACAGUAUAGAGUACAAUUGGACAACCGGAAGUGUAGCUAAUCUUCUAAUCAUUUUUGGGAUAAUUUGAUUAAUAUUAUAGGCAUCUUAGACUUAGACAAAAUUACUAAAAAAAUGUUGAUGGAACCUAACCUAUGUCAGAACACAUAUUUUAGAAAUUUCAUUUUAGGAUUAACCAAUUUAAACAAACAAAGUCACAACUAUUUUUAUUUUUCUAGUUGCAUCAGCCACUCUUCUAUUAUUAUUUAUUAUUGGGUAUAUUCAAAAUCAACAUAGUUUUGAAAUAGUUUGUAGUAGAUAAUUUAUUAUAAUUUAUAAUUUUUUUAACCUUUAAAAAAAUGUAAAUUAAUAUGUAACUUUAUUUAUGUUUACUAAUUAAAUUGUUUGAAUAUAAAUUUAUGUUUUGAAAUUUAUUGGAUAUAAACCGAUAUGGCUAUACCUAGUUAUUUA